UUGCAGGGGGUCAGGAGUGGGUUUGUAAACUGCUUUCAGGGAGCUUGGACUCUUAGGGUCCUCUCGGAGGUCUACCCCAGAGAAUGACCUCAAUGGCCCGUUCUGGGGUACUGCUCCUGGCCCCUGCAAAGCUACUCUCUGGCUCCGCCCUGCUUCCUAUAAGUCUGGCAGGACUGGGGCUUCUAGAAGUUCUUCUGACAGGUGCUCCUGUGGUUCUUCUUGCCCCACGGCUGCACCUGCGCUUUAGGUAGCCAGCCUCCAGCAUCCAUCAUCCCUUUUCCUGGGAGGACCUUCUCUCAGUGUUCCAAGUCACCCUGCCCGAAUCUGCAGAUUUGCAAACCUGCUACUUUGCAGUUCAGCCCCUGCCAGACUUAAGCACCUAUUUUCAGCCCAGUGUUGAGAUGACUCAAGCUUGACCUUCCAUGGUCCUCGGCCCCAGCUGCAGCCAAGCACAGGCUGCUGCCGUUGAUGGUUUAAAAGCACAGAGGAGUAGGGGGGGCGGCCAGGAGAUAAGGCAUUCCCUCUGCCUGGAUGUGUGGGAACUCCCUGCCAACUUGAUUGGUGGAUCUGGGGGGGAUCCACCCCCGCCCCACGUGGAAAGCACCGACUGUUUGCUGGGUGGGCCUGCCGGUGCCCACCAGCUAAAGAAUGGCCACCCCUGUGGUCACCAAGACGGCCUGGAAGCUGCAGGAGAUCGUCGCCCACGCCAGCAAUGUGUCCUCGCUGGUGCUGGGCAAAGGCUCCGGGCGGCUGCUGGCAACAGGCGGGGAUGACUGCCGUGUCAACCUGUGGUCCAUCAGCAAGCCUAACUGCAUCAUGAGCCUGACAGGCCACACGUCCCCCGUGGAGAGCGUCCGCCUCAACACCCCCGAGGAGCUCAUUGUGGCCGGCUCCCAGUCGGGCUCCAUCCGCGUCUGGGACCUGGAAGCUGCCAAAAUUCUUCGCACGCUCAUGGGGCACAAAGCCAACAUCUGCAGUCUGGACUUCCACCCCUAUGGCGAGUUUGUGGCCUCUGGGUCCCAGGACACGAACAUCAAGCUCUGGGACAUCAGGAGGAAAGGCUGCGUCUUCCGGUACAGGGGACACAGCCAGGCUGUGCGCUGUCUCCGGUUCAGCCCCGAUGGGAAGUGGCUGGCAUCUGCCGCUGAUGACCACACAGUGAAGCUCUGGGAUCUGACUGCCGGCAAGAUGAUGUCAGAGUUUCCUGGCCACACGGGGCCCGUCAACGUGGUGGAAUUCCACCCCAACGAGUACUUGCUGGCAUCUGGCAGCUCUGACCGGACCAUCCGCUUCUGGGAUCUGGAGAAAUUCCAGGUGGUGAGCUGCAUUGAAGGGGAGCCGGGACCUGUCAGGAGCGUCCUCUUCAGCCCCGACGGCUGCUGCCUGUACAGCGGCUGCCAGGACUCGCUGCGCGUCUAUGGCUGGGAGCCCGAGCGCUGCUUCGACGUGGUCCUCGUCAACUGGGGCAAGGUGGCCGACCUGGCCAUCUGCAACGACCAGCUGAUAGGCGUGGCCUUCGCCCAGAGCAACGUCUCCUCGUACGUGGUGGACCUGACCCGGGUGACCCGGACAGGCACAGUGGCCCCGGACCCCGUGCAGGACAGCCGACCCCUGGCCCAGCAGCCGCCCAACCCCAGCAUCCCCCUGCGGCGCAUCUAUGAACGACCCAGCACCACCUGCAACAAGCCUCAGAGGGUGAAGCAGAACUCGGAGAGCGAGCGCCGCAGCCCCAGCAGCGAGGACGAGCGGGAGGAGCGGGAGUCACGCGCCGAGAUCCAGAACGCGGAGGACUACCAAGAGAUCUUCCAGCCCAAGAACAGCAUCAGUCGGACACCACCCCGCAGAAGUGAGCCCUUCCCUGCCCCCCCAGAGGACGACGCGGCCCCAGCCAAAGAGGCGGCUAAGCCCAGUCCCGCCAUGGACGUCCAGUUACCAAUGCCAAACCUCGAGGUUCUGCCCCAACUCCCGGUCGUCUCCGCCACCCCCGCACCCAAGGCCGAGCCUGUCAUCAUCCCUGCCACCCGCAACGAGCCCAUCGGACUGCAGGCCUCCGACUUCCUGCCCGCCGUGAAGAUGCAGCAGCAGGCGGAGCUGGUCGACGAGGACGCCAUGUCUCAAAUCCGCAAGGGACACGACACCAUGUGUGUGGUGCUCACCAGCCGGCACAAGAAUCUGGACACUGUGCGGACCACGUGGACCAUGGGCGACGUCAAGACAUCUGUGGACGCUGCAGUGGCCAUCAAUGACCUGUCGGUGGUGGUGGACCUCCUCAACAUCGUCAACCAGAAAGCCUCCCUGUGGAAGCUGGACCUGUGCACCACAGUGCUGCCCCAGAUCGAGAAACUGCUUCAGAGCAAGUAUGAGAGCUACGUGCAGACGGGCUGCACCUCGCUGAAGCUGAUCUUGCAGCGCUUUCUGCCCCUCAUCACCGACAUCCUGGCGGCGCCGCCCUCCGUGGGUGUGGACAUCAGCCGGGAGGAGAGGCUCCACAAGUGCCGGCUCUGCUACAAGCAGCUCAGGAGCAUCGGUGGCCUCGUCAAGAGCAAGGCUGGCCUCAGCGGCCGUCACGGCAGUGCCUUCCGCGAGCUGCACCUGCUCAUGGCCAGUCUGGACUGAGGGGCCAGGGAGUGGGCCUGACAGCCACGAGGCCCGCUUCUGCUCCCACUCGUGCCCUCCGGCCCAAGAGUCUCUGCCCAGUGGCUACCACUGCCCCACGGCUGUGCCGGAGGGAGGGAAGGUGGGUGCUGGACCACUGGCCACCCCCUAGCCUGGACUCGGACCACAUUCUAGGCACAGCUGCCCAGCUUGGCCCAACAAUUGCUUCUUGGGACAGCGAGCUGAGCCCCAGGGCUGCUGCUGUAAUUUAUAAGGCAAAUUUUAUUAAAUUUGUAACUAUU